AUGAUCCACUAUGGCUUCCUCGACGAUCACCGCACUGAGAAUAUUAUCGGUGAGCCCAUGUCUACGAAUGACAAGGCUCUCACUUACGACUACACCUUCGAUCUGCACCAGGACCAGGUGAUCGAUUUGUCCCACAAGCGCGCCAGUCUGGUAAAGUGUACUCGCGAGCGCUUCUUUCAGAUCUGUCCGUUUAACCAGGGUAGCCCGCAUAUCGCCGGUACCGGGCUGGCUUUUAAGCCACGCCUGUAG